GUUGUGCCGGAGUGCCGGAUCCGAAAUGACUCGCCGGAACUGAGCCACGGGAGAAGGGUUCCCGAGGAUUUCGCCAGGAUGAUGAUGGCGCCGCAGGUUGUGGGUGUCCUGCUGAAAAAACCAGGACAGCAGAGCCACCCACGGUUCCCGCCGCUGGAUCCGCAGGAGACCAAAAUUAGGGGCGAGCUGUACGUGGAGGAUCUAGGCGAGAGACGGGUCGUGUCCAUCAGGAUGGGUUGGCUGUGGGUCGAGGGUACGCCGAUGAGGCUGCCCCUGAGGGCGUUGAACCUGAGACAGGCUGUGCCCAGUCUGUGUCAGCCGCACGCGCUGGCCCUUGGCUUCACCCUAAGCAACUCGCAGGAUCAUGCUCUUGCCACAUUUUGGGCAGACACAGAGCCGAUCUACUGGUCCUGGGUGCGAGCGAUCGCGGCGGAACUGGUCAGGCAGACCCCGUUUCGAGCCCAGCGCUGCCUCAACUUCCUGGAGAUCCUGACGAUCUGCCCCAGGGGGCCGGUCCCGCUGCCGGACAGCCCCACGGAGUCCCGAAGACGUUCCCGAAGCGAGCUGCGAUGCUGGCCGAGCGACUCGCCCACGGAGAAAGACGCUCGGACCACCGCCACGAUCCUGGAGGACUCCCGGAGAAGAGCGAAGAGCGAGCUGAGGGGAUGGUCGAGCAGCAACUCGAGCGACGAAGACCUGCUGGGCGAGUUCCGCAGCAUUCCUGCGAUCAUCGCGAAGGAGCAGCCCGUGACGAGGACCUGGGGUUGCAGCGAGAGCAGCGAGGGCAGCGACGACAGCCUACCUUGGAGCGGAGUUUGCCGGUCCAGCGUGGACUCGGUGGACUCGGCGGUGUCUCUGCCGGAGCCGGAGACCAGGGAGCAGAGGAUCCAGCGGUACAAAGAAGCCAGGCGACGGGAGAACGAGGCUAGGAGCAGGAGGGUCCUCGAGGAGGACGCCAGACGAAGGAAAGCGAGAGCUGCCGAGGAGAACAACAACGACAUCCUGAAGACGUACGGGUCGAACAGGUCCAGGAGCAGGAUUUACUCCGGCAACGACAACGACGACCUUCGCCUGACGUCCCCGAAGAAGGACGAGGUUCUCCACGACGUCUCCAGGCUGAUCAGCACGAGGAACGAGAAGAACGUGAGCAGGCUGCCUCCGGUGAAACCCACCGAGUCCACGGUGAGGUUCGAGGACGACCAGCGCAACGAAGACGACAAGAGGAACAACAACAACAGCAGCCCGAAGAGCGGCUCGAGCCCAGGGAUUCUCAGGACGGACAUCGGCGAGAGGAGGAGCAGGGCGAGGGAGAGAAGAGUGGUCAGGAAAGAGGGACAGCUGCUGACCCAAAUCGCGAGCCCGACCGUGGAGACUCUUCAGGAACGCAAGGAGCGGCUGGCGCAGUUGUCCUCCAGGAUACCGGUGCCGCGACAGGCCAGCCAGACCUCGAGGCUGCCGGAAGUCGCCAGCCCGACCGGUCUCCCAAGGUCGUCGACUUCUCUGACCGUUUUGACCGAACCGCCUUGCGAGGAGGACGUCGCCAGGCUUCUGGAAAGGUGCCAGAGGGUCGACCACUACGUUCCGGUCAGGGAGAAGCUGACGCUGUUCGAAUCCUUGUCCAGAUUGGGCGGCAGGCUCGCUAGAAGUACCGAGGACCUGGGCAGGUCCUCGGCGAAGCCCAGUCCCAGGGGAAAACAGCGGGCCAGGUCUCUUCACGACCUGAACAGAGGGGCCAGGGCGGUCCCUGUCAGGGAGAUGUGCAGAUUCUUCGAGGGCGACGUGGAGCACGACACCGGCGUGAAGGUUAAUCUUGCCAAAACCAGGUUCAGCGACCCCGUCACGCCGACGAGGAGCACGUGGAAGGACGCGAGUUCGAGGGCCAGCGAGGCUGCGCCGUGUGUAAGGUCCUCGGCGAGGAAAAAACAUUACUUCAAGUAGCGAUCGUGUUAGGUGCAGAGCGUCCUGGUGAAUCCUUUUUGCAGCUUCGUGGCCGAUUCCAUCGGCGCAUCGAUUUCGCGCGGACACUUUUGCGGCAGCCUCGAGGUUUUGCGAGAAAGACUGAAGGAGAAGCUUCGGCCGGCUUAUUGCGACGGCCUCGAGGCUCUGUCGACGGUGUCUCGACAAUUGCGAUUAUAUGCUCGAAGUCGAGUCGAGUUUCGAUGCGAGAAAUCGAAGGAACGGAUAUUUGUAGGUCGUGUGCGACGGAGAAUGAGUGGGACGCUUGUGGAUAAUUGCUUCGAGGAUGUUCCUAGGAAUCGGCUUGAUUGUUUUCGUUUUUUUUUAUAAAAUGUUGGAGCUGUUUGUUCGUUUCGUAGCAACCCCGUGCUGUCUUAGACUGGAAGCAGUCUGCUCGCGGAGAAUCGUCGCAUUCGUGUCGGGAGAAAGUCGCUGCCCGGAGCAGCUUUUUUCCUGGCAGCGCACAGGAGUCGAUCCGGGCUCGAUUCUCGCCGCGGCUCGAGUUAAAUCGGCUGACCAGUGUCCUCGAUCAUCGGGGAACCUAAUCGCAAUCGAUUCUUCGCGCUUCGUUGUUUCUUUUUCGGCAAUAUUUCUGCGAACGGAGAACGGUCUCCAAGACUUUGGAGAAACAUUGAAUGGAAAAUUGUCUUUGAUACAAAGGCAGGUGGUUAAAUUCAUUUUCUUGUUCGGCGUUUUCUUUGUUGUUAAAUCUUAGCUAUUUAUUUCGAUUCCGCGGAAUCGUGAACGUGAUCCGACAGCACGUGGAUGGUGCACGCGCGUGUCGGAUCGAAAAAUCUAGAGUGAGAGGGGAAGGGAGGGAGAGCGAGAGAGAGGGAGAGAGAGGCAAUCGGAGAAACCGGUAAUAUCCAUUCACCGAGCCAUCGCCGCGAUCUUGAACACCUGUCGAACGCAGCUCGCAGAUUUUCGAGCAUCUUAGCUCCUUUACUUUCGGCAACUCGAUCUCUCGAUUGUUUCCCGACUGCGGCGACGCUCGAUUUUCGCUCUCCUCGGUGUAAUCGAUGAUAUCCGUAUCGAGGUAUAAAUUACAGGUUACGAGGAGGAGCGAGCAAAAAUCGUUUUGGAAAAAUUAAAAUCGAUGCUGUUGGACCGUGGACGUUCGCUGGCAUAGAAAGUCUCUGAAUUUUUCGUUCCGGAUCUUACAAGAUCGACGAACGAAGCCUCGAAAAUUUGAUAAAGAAAUUAAUUCAUAUUUAGCAGGUUCUAUUCGAGAUCUUUGAGAAGGAUCUGUUUAUUUUGCGAACGUCCGUAGUUGAAUCGAGCAAUUUUAACGUACGCCGCGCUGCUAAAAAUUAACGCAAUCGAGCUACGAAUUGAUUCUGAACGCGGACGAACGAUCAAAUUCUCUUGUACAGUAAAUUCUCCUUAAUUGACGCUCUUAUUGAGCGCAGAAAUAGACAACUUGGGAAGAAGCGAUACGAUUAUUCGAGCCUUGCGGCUCGUUUUUAUAAUUGUUGGUAAUCGGUAGGUGUAAAAGCGAGACGCAAGGCUAAAAUAAUCGUGUAUCUUAUCUUUUCAAAUUGUUCACUUUCGUGCACGAUUUGAGCGUCAAUUAAAGAGAAUUUAUUGUAUCUGAAAAAUUCGUGCGAGGUAAUCGCGUUGCAGCGGACUAGCAGAUAAUUGAUCGAGACGAGUUUUGCCAGGGGAAUAUCUGUCGCUCGAAUUUCGAGCAUCCGUUUCGAGGACCGACUAACGUCAGCUUCCGGUCGUUUAGAAUCGGGACGAUCAUUUCCGUUCCCAUUUCCCGUGCUCUCUCUCUCUCUCUCUCACUCUCUUUCUCUUUCUCUCUCUUUCUCUCUUUCGCUGUUCCCCUUUUCUCUUGGCGUUCAAUCAAUAAAUAAAUCCCGUCGGCCGGGUCCCUUAAAUCCUUAGCAAUUUCCACGGACGGAUUACUACGGCGAAGCUGAAGAGGGAGCUCGAAGGACGAUAUUAGACGACGACGCAACAAUCCCGUUUCGUUUUUAUGGAAAUUACGCUGGCUGUCGUCGCGAUCGCGACAGCCUCGACAGGCGUUAAAAAAUUACGUUGUUCAACCAAGUGCCAAAAAGAAAAAAAAAAAGAAAAGAAAUAAGCUAAAUGUUUUACGUUUCUCGCGAUGAAACGAGAGGAGUCUGUAUAAAAUCGAGGAAAUGGAAGUGUUACGGAUAUUUGUACAUAUUAUAUUGUUUUGUCUAGGACGUAGACGAAGGUUAACGAAUUUUCGUUGAACAGAAAAACACUGGAGAUUCAUUAUUUAUUGUACACGCGUAGAAUGAAAUCGAUACCGUAUCGUAGUCACGUUUUAUUCUCUACGGAGAUUCGAUCGAUUUCCGGCGAUUUUUCUAAAACAAAUCGAACUCUGUUGGCAAAAGGUUUCGAUUCGCGUCGAUCGAAGACGCGCCACCCUCGCUGUCUGCCCCGCAACCCCUUCUUAAUUUUCGUAUCGUAGUAUGCAUAGAAAUUGUGUACGAUCGUGCGACCAUGCGCGCGGCGGAUCGGUGUGCUUUACGUAUAAAAUUGUAACCCGUCGGAGUAACGUUAACAUUAACAAUCGUCGAUGAAAAUAGAAUUAUUUAAACGUUGGCGGAUCGAUCGAGCUUUGUAAAAAUGUCGAACCUGUCGAUGCUAGAUAAGAAAGAACGUUCGAGAACAGUUGAUCUCUUGAUGAAUAUUAGCAACAGUGUAAAAAGAGUUCAGAGCUUAAAGUAGAAGAAUUGUGCGGCGGAUGUUCACCCGUUUCAAUGUCUGUCUGUGCGGAAUAAUAAAGCAAAUGUUGGAAUGAUA